GGCAGCGUUGGUCUCGAAGUCUGUCACUACUGGAUUGUGUUUGUGUCUUCCAUUCUCGUACGCGUCCGCCUCGAAUACGGUCCGUUGACGACGCGCAUCGGCCAGUUUUCUUGUGUUUUUUUACAAUAAUAUCGUUUUUUAACGUAAUAAAUAAACUGUGGUUAUUACACGUAUUAUCGUAAAAUAUCGCAUUUAUCCACUUGCGUUCAACCGGCUUCGUUUACUCUGAUCGUCAUUUGUAGUGCGUUUUCGUGGUCGUAAUAAUUUUAAUAACAAUAACGGUCGUUUUUCCCUCGAUCCAUCGUCAUCCCCGAGUGUCGAUUGUGUGAUAACCGUGUGUAGUUCGAAAACACGUUGAACAUCAUAUCAUUAUUAUUUAUUGCGUUUGUUCUCGCCUAUGCAAUUUUAUAUCGCGUUUUCUACCUUUGCGCCGCUGUCGCAUCGUCAAGAUACAAUUAAUUAAACGUAAAAAUAUAAUAUGAGAAUGAGCGACAUGACCGUGUGCCCUGUGGCCAGCAGACAAUCAUUUUUCGACUCGUUUACCGUCGUUUCCAAAGCCAUCGGACAGUUAGAAAAACUUAUGUCCAGCAAACAAACCGAAAACGAAUGGAAAAGCUCGCAAUGCAAUCCUGUGACUCCGUCAGUCAAAAAAAACCAUAAGAAAGAAAACUCACUGUUGAAAUUCUUGGCUUUGAACGCUCUGGAGUUGAGUGCGCCCGCAAGCGAUGUUUUGCUACGCAACAAUAGCACGACCACAGCCGGUACAGCGACGGAUCCCGAAGUGCGAAGCGCAGUUAAGUCUCAAGAAACGGCGACGGCCAACGUACAGUCAACCACUUGUAGAUCGGCCGCACAACAACAGUCGUGGUUCCAGUUGUCCGGACAUCCGGACUGUUUUGCACCCGCCAGCCUGGGUACGAUAUGGAAAAAGUGCAGCGGCGGCACAGAGAGAGACGUGUACGAAGCUCUUUCCAACGAGCCCAGUCUUCAAGACAUCGUGCCCAAGUAUUACAGGGAAGUCGAGUACAACGGACAGACUUUCAUCGAGCUGCAGGACCUGCUGUACGGCUUUCGAGACCCCAACGUCAUGGACAUCAAAAUGGGCACGCGCACGUUCCUGGAGUCGGAGGUGAAAAACUCUUCAGCGCGACGGGACCUGUACCUCAAGAUGAUUGCCGUGGAUCCCGAAGCGCCGAAUGCCGAAGAACGCGAAUUGCAAGCGGUCACAAAACUACGGUACAUGCAGUUCAGAGAAGAACAGAGUUCGACGUGCAGCCACGGUUUUAGAAUUGAAGCCAUGAAGUUUCGAGGUUCUCCGCCCGUUACUGACUUGAAGACUGUGAAAAGCGACGAAGAAGUAAAUAACACUCUUGCUUUGUUCCUGGGCGACCGCCAUGACAUCAAACAGAGGCUGGUUGUCAGACUGAAUGAAAUACGGUCGAAAUUGGAUCGUUCUCUUUACUUUAAAACCCACGAGAUUGUGGGAAGCAGUAUCUUGAUCAUAUACGACGAUACUAAGAUCGGUGCUUGGCUGAUUGACUUUGCCAAGACCAGGAAAGUACCCGAGCACACAGUACUUACCCACAGACGACCAUGGGUGCCGGGCAACCACGAGGAGGGCUUCUUGUUCGGUCUCGACCAUCUCAUAGAGUCAACUGAGAAUUUACACAUUCCUGUCUCAAACGAUUCUGUUGCACCGUCUAGCUCUAUUAAAGUGGAAACUUGAAAACUUUGUCGUCGUUCAACUUUCUCGUGGAAUUUAUCUAGUCAAUAAUAUUUUUGCCUACACUACGCUGAGAGACGUUUCCUCGUUACACUAUCACGUGUUAAUAUUUUUACACGAUAACUAUUUAUUUUUUUGUUCUUAAAAUUAAUUUUAAGUGGUACAUUAUAUUGUUUUUUUUUUUCUAAUAUUAAUUCAGUCAGUGUUGACUGACAUGACUGAUUUUGCCUGAGCAUUUGUAAUCGGAGAAUUCAUUAAAUAUGCGCGAGAUAAAAUGAAUUAUUAAUA